GCAGAGGUUUGGUGAGGAAGACAUCUGGGGUAUAGUUGCAGGGACAGAAAGGGACGGGUUGAGAAGGAAAAUGUUCAAGCCACUACGAUGAUAAAGACCACCGAGGAGGAAGAGCUAACUGAGAAGACAGAGUUAGGGAGAGAAAAGCACUUAGGAGGGAUACAAGAGGCCAAAAUUAGAAGUGAAGAUGUUCAAAAAGAAGAGGAGAUAAAGGGAGAAGAAGAAAUGCACUUGAAAGAUGAGGGUGAAGCAGGUACAGAGUGGGGGGAUGAGAUAAAAACAAGGGAAGAAAACGUAGAAGAGGAGAAUCCGGACUGUGAGGAGGAUAUUCUAGUUUUUAAGACUGGAGAGUCAAAGAACACACAAAUAGAGGAAAGGGAAAAUGAAGCAUGGUGUUCUGAAGAGAGGUUAGAAAGGACUCAAGGAGAGGUUGAGGAUGGUUUAUCUGCUUGGGUGAACAAUGUGCAUGACAGUAGUUCUGAAAAAAACAUUACUGGAGAAUUGCAAAAUGCACACAUCCAAACUGAAAUGAACAAAGAGGAAGAUUUUCAAGGAAGUGAGAAAGUCACACAUGACAUAUCCCAUGCAGAGCGAGAGGAGAAUGAGUCCACUGCUGCAGAGGGAGGCUCACUGAUUUUUGUCGACAGACCUGAAAUUGACAAAACAGGCCACGACGGCGCUUCAUCAGAGUCAGACUCGGACGACGAGGUGGAGUUGUACAUGCACUGUCUGAGGGCCGUUCACACCGGGGCACAGGCCCAAAGGGACAGGAACAAAGACACAGGAUUUGGGGUGGGCAGAAGACCCUCCGUAAACAAAAGCAAACUGCUGUCCACGCCCAUGCCCUCCAUCAGUGAGUCUCUGGAUGAGGAUCAACAUGUCGGCUGCCUCCAGGACAAUCAUGUCGACACAGACUUCACAGCAGACUUCCAACCCAAUGCUUCACCUCUGCCUGAGGCAAGUGAGCAGGAAAACCUCAGCAGAAACGUUUCAUGGUGGAGAGAGACUUUUUCCUGCAGCAACAUUGGAAAGACUUCGUUAUAUGCUAUCUUGUUAGUGAUAUUUUUGGUUGUGGCCUACCAUUAUGAUUUUCUGGCCUGUUUCGGGCUCUACAUGAUUUCAUUGGUUUGGCUCUGGUGUCAAGGAGAGAGGCAGCCAGUUAAAAACAACAAAAAGAUAGCUUGAAUCCAAGAGUAAAGUUUCAACCAAGGAUUUAACAAGGAUUCCUGAGGAUUAUGAGGAAACAAUGUUCUUGCAUGACACCCAUAAAGAUCUGUAGGUCUUUUUAGUUUUGAAAAUACCUUUAUUUUAUUUAUUUUUUCACAACAGAUGAUAUCAUCACAUGACCUACACAAAUAGUAACAGUCGAAAUGGAAAAACAAAGGAGGAAGACGAAAACAAAAACUAUAAAAUAAUGAUGGGCAUUGAUGUAGAGCAUAUACGAAACAUAUCAGAAUAAAUUCUCUAUAAUCCCUAUGGGAGGAUGCUAACUCUCUGUUGUCAAGAGUAUAAACCAGGUUUUUGUAUGCUUAAAUGUACAUACAGCUUAGUGUAGCCAAAACGCCAUGGACCAUCACUCACACUGAUCAAUUCUGCUUAGCACCACACUCUGCAUUAUUCAGGUGUAAAUACAAGUCAUCAGUGUGUUGUGUGUGUGUGUGUGUGUGUGUGUGUGUGUGUGUGUGUGUGUGUGUG